GGCUGACACAAACAUGAUGUUCUACUCAGUGAGCCGCAGCUUGAUGACAAAGUUUAUUUCCUCUCCUCCACUCUGGGGCUUUGCAGUUAACAACACAGCCACACAGGUGGGGAGUGGGGGGUAGGGGUGGGGUACUUGAAUUGAAACUGGAUGCUGGUGGUGGCGCGCUUCAGUCCAGACCGGAGUUACUGUAAAAGAAACAGCCGGGUCUCAGGACAUCUGUGGAUCCGCUGACACUCAAGUACACGAGCGUUUCAGAGAGAACGUGCAGUGGAAGUCCUCAGGCAGCACUGUGCCGGAGCUGGACGGCGCUCUCAUCUUUUUAAAUGCAUUUCAUAAAACAAAAGAUUCGACGGAGAAACGGUGCACGAAGUUUUCCCGUUUUUCCAUUUUACUUUUCAUUUAUUUCAAUAUUUCUGCUUUGUUUGGUGAAGAGGAGGUGCAGGAGAGUCUGGUCCUCAUUUGACUGAGGGGGAGCAGGGGAGAGGGGGAGGGACAGGGAGGGAGAGAGGGAGAGAGAGAGAGAGAGCAGUUGGUUGGACUGCUGUUGCUCCUGCUUCUCAGUAUUUGCUCCUCAGACUUCACCAGUGUUCCGGGGGAAAGGAGGAAAAAGAGGAGGGGAAGCAAGUGACAGAGAGAGAGGGGGAGAGAGAGAGAGAGGGGAGGGGGUCGAUGUCUCUUUUCCCGGCACUAUGCAGGCGCUCAUUCAUUUAUUUCAGCCCGACCGACGACAGCAUGCCAAUCAGCGACAGACCUCGGCAGACGCUCCCUGAAGGAGGACGGGACUGACUUGGCUGGACUGGCUGCUCCGGCUGCGCUCCCACCCGCGGCGGCCGCGGCAUCGGUGCAAUUACUGUAAUUCGGCGUCGACUGCGAGAACCGUCGCUCCAAGUGCUGGGACGGUGACACUAUUGGCUACUUAAUGGGUCCCAAACCCCGUGAAGCUCCCGGGAUGGCAUGCAGUGCGUGUUACUACCUGGUCAUCAGCUCCACGCACCUGAGCAAUGGACACUUCCGGCGAGUCAAGGGGGUUUUCAGAGGACCGCUGUGUCCGAGUGCAACCAGUGAUUCACCGGAGCAUUCAGAUGGGACUCUUGGCUGCUCAUUGGAGGAUUUGAAAUCUCUGUUCUACUGCGAGCUGUGUGACAAGCAGUAUCUACGACACCAGGAGUUUGACAACCACAUUAACUCCUACGACCACGCACACAAACAGAGGCUUAAGGACCUCAAGCAAAGGGAGUUCGCUCGGAACGUAGCCUCGAAAUCAUGGAAAGACCAACGCAAACAGGAGAAAGCUGUGAGACGCCUGCACCAACUUGCACAGCUGCAACAGGAGAGUCAGCGAGACUCUGUGAAGAAACACGGACUGAGAAGUUCAGUCAGGGCUGUUUCCCGGCAACAGAAGAGAGGCGUAAACCAAAGAGACCACAGCCCCAACGACAGGCCUGAACCUUCAAACCACACCCAGAGACUGUGUCCUUCACAAACCAGAGUAGACACUCUCAACUACCAGCCACGAGAUCAGUGCAAAAUGCCAUCGGCCAAUCCAGACUCCUACCCAGUCAUGGAUUCCAAUUCCUGCCCCCAUGCAGUGAAGUCUCCAUCCCGCACAGACUUACUCACCCAGUUGCCUCCUUCUGGACAGGGGAGAGUGGGUGGCAGACUGGGGGUCUCCUUCUGCUUUUCACGUAGAGAACCCAGGCUGGAGCCAUCUGCUUCUGUCUUCUCAGACCUUGAGGAGGAAGAGAAGGAAAAGAGGGAGCAAAUGAAGGAAAGAAUCAGGGAAAUAAUGGCAGAUAUUGACAGGGAAAACGGGACAGUGGAGGAAAGUCAAAACACCAGAGGUGAGAACUGUAAGUCUGGUCCGACUGGUUUUGGAGGGAGCGAAAUAACGUCAGUAACAGGAGGGACAGUGAGAGAGGAGGAGGUGACUGAAAAGACAGACAAUUUAAAAGGACACAGUCACCAUUCAUUACUAUCACCCUUACACACUCAGCAGACCUUAUGGGACAGAGCACAAGCGGAGCCAAAAAUGGACACAGAAGAGACAGAUAGUGAGAUGGAGAUACAAUCGGAAACAGAGGUGAGCAGUAAGGACACUCAGCACCUCCUGGAGAUACAAUCGGAAACAGAGGUGAGUAAGGACACUCAGCACCUGUCUGUGCUGGGGAAGGAUGGCUCCUCCCAACUGAGGUGGCCGGUCAGUUCACUUAAGUUCACCAAAUGUCAACCCCACAUUUCCUACAGCUGCAACCCAGUCCACCUGAACCUCCCAAGACCAGAGCAGUUGUCAGCUGAUCAACAGGGGGCACUACAGAAUUAUUCCUGUGCACUCCCAGAUAAAUCAAACCCACACAUGACUGAGAUUUCCCCAUCAGACUCUCACACCUGUUUACAAGGACAGACAAGACAUGACGUAAAAGCACUGGAACAGAAAAUAGCCGGGCAGAAUUUCAAGACAGAGCAGCAUAUCGACGUGAGGACGAAAGCACACCUGUUCCCCCAAAAAUCCCCUCCAUCAUCAGAAACAAGACUAGAACAAGGUGGAUGCGAUCUAAUUAUGGAGAACUCUGUGAGCAUAGCCUCCCAUCCUUUUGACCCUGUCAAUAGUGACAGCUCUGACACAAACUCCCAGAAUCCUCUGGAAGGCAGAUUAGGGGUUGUGAAGGGGAUCAGAGAAAGAGCCAUCACAGCCCUGAGCUGUAAAUUAGAGUCUGUCACCCAGUCCUGCACACAGGGAACAUACAUUAGCCCGACCAGGUGUGAGUGUAGGAGUGAGACAACGUGCGAGUGUGCCUGCACCCCACCGCCAAAGAUGGGUGUCUCGAAAGUGUCACGCAGAAAGAGGAGAGCUGGCACAAAGAAAUACAAGCAGGGAAAGAAGAAGAGGAAGGAGGAAGAUAAAUCUUCUAAGGAGAGCCAAUCAAAAAGGUGCAAAAUGAGGAGUGUUGUUUCCUCAGUCUCCAACGUCAAAGACGGCAGUGGGAGCACUGGGAGCUGGGACCAGAAAAGGAGGCAGAGGGAAACCUGGGAGACUGGGAUGAGGUGGAGUGUGCAGAGACCAGGAAGCAGUUCUCUUCAGGGGAGACCAGAGGCUGAGCCAGCAUCUUAUUCUGCCAGGGCGAGGCGGCCUCAUGGGAGCCACAACGCUGAUUCAGACUCACACCCAGACAUAGAGAAAUUCACCGCGAGACACUCAACAGACAGAGACACAGAGGGGGAGGGAAGACAAGACGGGAUUCCAGAGAGUUUUCCCUGGCGAUCACACUUCUCCUUACACUCCCUAUCACAAGGAUGCAACACAAAGCUGUUUUGGGAAAGGGGUCAUUAUAGCAAUCCCGGGAGUUUCAUGGACAGCCGUUACGCUGACAAUAGCUGUUGUAACAGUCCAGUGAGAAACAGAACAUACCUCCACAAAGACAGGGAAUUCCUUAAAGGCAGGAAAAGAUGUUCACAAGAAUAUGAUGUGUGGGAGGAGAGGACCAGGAAAAUGGUAGGGUAUUCCGAUGGCAGAGACAGAUGCUUCAUAGAUACAGGACAGUGGGAGUGGAUGAGAGGAAACGGCAUCAAAGGGAGCAAGGUUGACAGAUCAAGGACUGGGUGGAGGUCGAGGAACAGAGAGGUGAAGAGGGAUCCCGUGGUCAGGGUUAGCUUAAGUCCUGACAGCUGGGGGAGAAGAAGCAGACACCUUAGCACGGAAGACACAGACUGGGACAGAUGCAGUGUGGACAGAUGGACAUGGGGCAGCAGUGACAGCUGGGAGGACAGGAGGGCACAUAGGUCCACGUCCGACUCCCGAACCUGGGCUGACAGUAGAGAUGGUGUGGGCUGUGUGUGGAGAUGCCCGAGCACCAGGCACCCAAGCUCAAGACACUUUUCCAGCCCUGAGUGGUGGACAAGCCGGCAGACGUACAGCCCACUGAGGGAGACCACCGCGAGAGGCAGCAGAUGCCACAGUCCCCGCUCCUGCAGCCCCUGCAGCAGCACCAGUAUUUCUGAGCUAAGCUGGGAGUGGAGCAGGAGCAGCACCUGCUCUGGAGCUGCCCCUGAUCGGCAGCCGAUUAACUCUUACAGAGGGUCUGUGGGACCACCGGAACUGUCAACUGAACCAGAGCAGGAAGCAAAGAAGCAACAUUCCUCAUCUUCACCACAACUGACAUCCGGUUCCUUGUCCCAUUCCUCCUCACUCUCAUCAUGUGAUGCCUCUGCAGUUUUAGGUUCACGCAUCUGUGACGCAAACCCUUUACGUCAACAAGAAAAGGUCAAUUCCCAGUCUGACCACACGGCCACACCCACAGCCUCUGACAUUACCAGCAGCCAGGGUAGCACUUCUUCAGCAUUAUUUCCGAAUAAGACCUUACCACAGAAACAAGAUCGGAUGUUACUUCUCCCUAUAAUUGGAAAAUUGCCUGCAAUUCAGAGAAAGAGGAAAAAAUGGCUGCUAGAAAAAAGUCAGGACAAAGAAGGAGAUGAGGAGAAGGAAUCUAAGGGAGUUGGAGUGGACCCAGGAGAAGUCAUCAACAGACCGAAACAUUCUCUGGACGUGGCCCAGUCGGGCUCCAUCAGCCUGCCAAAUCCCUGCCCGACACAGAUUAGGACUGAUGACAAACUGACAGGUGCAGACACGGCACUGCCAAUCAGCUUCUCUGCUGAGGAGCUGGACAAAUAUCGCCUCCUGCAGGAACGGGCCAGAGAGCACAUGCAGAAAGUCCUGGAGCAAACGCAGGAGAGCGCCGACCCACACGCAGGGACAAACUGCUCACAAACCGCACACACCGGGGAACACUACACAGCUGCAUCUGUAACCCUGCAUAACCAUUCCCUGCCUCAAAGCCAGUCAGUCCCCACAGACGCAAUACCUGCACAAGCACAGCGUACCCACCAGGGCGGCCUCCCGCUCCCACACAUGCCACCACAGGAGAGUUUUACUCAGCCAAUGGGUGUUCAUAACCUACCCCGGCUUCCAUCCUCCCCACUCCAACACUUUUUGGUACAGCACACAGGCCUGUCCAUGCCUCCUCUGUCGUCAUCACCACCUUCUACCUCACCCACCUCUCCCGCCCUCCACCCACACCCCAUUCCUAUGCUGCACUCUUCCUUCCCUCAUCACCUUCACCUCUCUCCCUUCUCCAUCACCUCCUUGCUGCCCUCCAUCCUGCUGUCUCAUCAGCACAUCUCUCUCCUCCCUCAGUCUGCUGCUUUCCAUGCCGCACCACUCGCUCCCCUCUCCCCUGUGGCACUGCAACCCCUGAACCCGCAGCCUUUCUUGGAGAGACUCUGGCCAGUGAGGUUUCAACAGAAGGCGCUAUGAUCUUCUGUCAGCGACUGCUGUGUUUAUGGAACUCUGCAGCAACACAGAGCUGUCACGGAGGAAAAAGAGAGACCCAGGAACAAUUUUAAGUUUUGAAGGAAAUAGCAAGGAAUAUAUCAGUGUUUUUUGCAGGUAUCGUGUCCAAGUCUUUCACACAUGUGCUUUCAGGCAAAAGCGUGAAUGGUUUUGAAAUGAGAGUUUGUUUCUCUGUUUAGCAUCCACUGUGAUGCACACAGUGAAAAACAGACUUUGAUCCUUUGCUUUUUGCAUCAUUCCUCAUUCAGACACAGAAUGAAAGGGAGAAAAAGUGCACCUGCGAUUCAAAGACGAGCUGGGUCGGUGUCAGCUUUUCUCUUCCCUUCUGAACCACAGAA